UGAAGUUUUUCAUUCAAAUGGAUGAAAGACUCACAUCAUGCCUGUUUACCCAGUAAAUGUAUCCCUUAGGAGCUGUGAAGAAAAAAUAUUCUUCUGGAACCUGAUUUCCUACUGUUUUUCUUUGGCCUAUGCAUUCAGUGCAGACUGAAGAGCACUGCUGACAGAACAGAGAAGCAAAAUGGAUGAACCUUCCACCUAACAUACAACUCCACUUUCUGGAAUGCUAAGUGGAAGAGAGGCAUUCUUCCAGCAUGAAAUCCAGUGCAUACUAAUAAUCUGAACGCUUAAUUAAACUAUGAUGAAAAGACAGUAUCUGGAAAAUAAAAGAUGAACCCACUUGAUGCAACAAAAUCAGGAUUUUUAGUGUGCAUUGCUGUCUGUACGUUCAUCUACACUUUUAUCUACCUAAAGGAUACACUUUCUGAAGAACCAAGUGAACAAAAAUUUAAUGCAAAUAUAGCAGAGUGUGGCUUUUACCCGGAUGAACUUUGUUCAGCUCUUUUUGUGGGUAAAACCGCUGCCUUUAAAAUUGGAAACUUUUGUCAGAAUACCUACCAGUCUAAAACACUCAGCUGCAUUCAGACUUCAUGCAACUGCUCCAUGGUUUUGAAGACUCUGCAUUUUAUCACAAGACCACUGUCAGAUGAAGAAGGAAAUUUCUCACUGGCUUACAUUAUCACAAUUCACAAGGAGCUGGAAAUGUUUGUAAAGCUGCUAAGAGCUAUUUAUAUGCCUCAGAAUAUUUACUGCAUACAUGUUGAUGAAAAGUCACCAAAAGAUUAUAAAGCUGCUGUACAAAACAUCGUUAAUUGCUUUGAAAAUAUUUUUAUUUCCUCAAAAAGAGAAAACGUUGUUUAUGCAGGAUUUUCAAGAUUACAAGCUGAUAUUAAUUGCAUGAGAGAUCUAGUUCAUUCCAAAAUUCAGUGGAAUUACGUUAUUAAUCUAUGUGGUCAAGAUUAUCCCAUUAAAACAAACAAAGACAUUAUUCAAUACAUCAAAAGUAAAUGGAAUGGUAAAAAUAUGACUCCCGGGGUAGUCCAACCACUUCAUAUGAAACACAGGACACAGGUUAGUUACAGAGAAUAUGUACGUUCUGGAAUGUCAUACGUGUAUCCAACAAAGAAUAUAAAAGCUAAACCUCCAUAUAAUUUGACAAUAUAUUUUGGUAGUGCCUAUUACAUACUCACUAGAGAAUUUGCAGAGUUUACAUUGACUGAUGCACGUGCAAAAGAUUUGCUUGAAUGGUCAAGAGACACGUACAGUCCGGAUGAACACUACUGGGUCACACUGAAUCGUUUAAAUGAUGCUCCAGGGGCUACACCAAAUGCAGACUGGGAAGGAAACAUAAGAGCCAUUAAAUGGAAAGAUCAAGAAGGAACCAUGCACAAAGGCUGCAAAGGUCAUUACAUCAGAGACAUUUGUGUCUAUGGACUAGGGGAUUUGCAGUGGAUUAUCGAGUCACCUCAUUUGUUUGCCAACAAAUUUGAGCCUGCAACAUAUCCACUUGUUAUGGACUGCCUAGAGAGACGCUACAGGCUUAAAGUGCUGCACCAGGCAGAAGUCCCAAUUGAAGAUCACUGGCGUUUUCAGGAAGAGAACUACUUCAACAUGAAGCUGAAUGUUUGAGCUUAACUAACAUCUAAACAAGUGUUCAAAAUACUGACAGAAACCAUUAA